UCCAAAAUUCAGUGAGACUGAUUAAACUCAUAGUCGCUUGUGCUCUUAUCCUCUUUUAAGGUUUCGUUUGCAAAAUCCUCAAAAACCUCCCCAAGUUUAACUCUUUACACUUAAGAGUUCAUCAGAACCUCGUCGCCAUUGAUGGUUACAGCAAUGUUUGGUGUAUCAUCUUCUCCAGUUACAUCUCUACUCUACCCAAAAGCUUAUAACUUUGGUCAAUCAAAAUCGAAUUCGAAGAGAUCAUUAUGCUCUCUGCGUGCUUCGUUGCCUGUUUCUGAUAACAAUCUUAAAUUCGAAUACACACCAUGGCUUAUCGUUGGACUUGGUAACCCUGGAUUGAAGUAUUAUGGAACAAGACAUAAUAUUGGUUUUGAGAUGAUUGAUCAUAUAGCUCGAGCAACUGAGAUUUCUAUGAACACAAUUCAGUCCAAGGCUUUAGUUGGGAUAGGUUCUAUUGGAGAAGUACCAAUUUUGUUGGUUAAACCUCAAGCAUACAUGAAUUUUAGCGGUGAAUCGGUUGGACCGUUAGCGGCCUAUUAUCAAAUACCCUUACGCCACAUUCUGAUGAUAUAUGAUGACAUGGGUUUGCCUAAUGGUGUCUUGAGGCUUCAACCAAAAGGAGGUCAUAACCUUCACAAUGGAUUGAAGAAUGUGACAGAAAAUUUAAAUGGUUGUCGUGGCUAUCCCCGCUUAUCAAUCGGAAUUGGAAAUCCACCAGGUAACAUGGACAUGAAAGCAUUUCUUCUCCAAAAGUUCAGCCCCUCGGAACGUGAACAGAUCGAUGAUGGACUGGAGCAAGGCGUCGAAGGUGUAAAGACACUUGUUGAAGAAGGAUUCAGUGACUCAAUAUCUCGAUUCAACCUGACGCAGAAAUACAAGUUUCACACAGUUUGAUUCCUCCUCCACAUUUGCUUCCAUCACCUAUCUCAGAUCCACAGUAACUAGUAACACCUUAGUCUAUAAAUCUUUAGUCUUUGUCUUUCUCUAUUGUAGACUUCUUGUAGUUUUUAGUGACUAUCAAAUUAUAAAUUAAUAGAUAAUUGUAAUGAUUAAGGCAAUUAAUGACCGUUUGAUUGAUAAUUUUACUUUUA